UUAUAUUUUUACCUUUUCUUCAUAUUUAUGUGUUUAAUUUGGCUUCCUCUUCUAGAACUAUGGUUUGUCUAAAAACAGUUAGUAUUUGUAGUUGGAAAUGAAAGUGGUGGUGGAGCUUUGUUCCAUGUUCUAUACUUGGUAAGAUUUAUCACUUUUGCGAGUUGGCUUGAAAUUGACUGGCAAUUAAGUUUUCUUUAUUGGGUGUUAGCUGUUUCUGAACAAGAUUGGAACCAAAAGCUUUGAUCUUGGUGGUGAACUUGAAGUGGGGUUUCAAUUUUUUGGAGAAAAUUUCCCAGAAUUGGAAUCCGAAUCGGAGUGUUACAAAAGCUGGUGGAUUUUGGUUUGUUUGUAUAACGUUAUUUACACAGUGCAAGGUGAAAGAAUAAAGUUCUUUUAUCUGCCUUCUAAUGUUUAACCAUCUCGGAGGUGGAAUAUGGAAAACCGAAACAUGGACAAACCUUCUAAUAAAGAAGGUUUAUUGCACUUUGUGAACAAGGAAGAACAAGCAGAGGAAAAUAGUUUGUCAAUAAAAGAGUCGGAACCACACCACCUACUUAGACGUGGAAAUCCACAUUUUUCUGGAAAUUGCACUCAGAAAUUGUUCUUUCAUAGUUCUCUUGGCUUACAAAAUAAAUUUCCGAAGCAUAUAAUAAGUUUCGAUGAAAGAUAUUUCCUUCGCUGCCUUGAAUUGAUACAUAUCCACUCCUUAAGUGUAGACACAUGCAAUUUCUCUUCAAAAAUGCAAAAUUUAUCAAAGAGUCUAGUUUCAAGAGAGAUUAGAAAUGAAAAUAUCUGCGCUAAUGGCAAUCUGGCGAUUGAAUGUCCUCAAGCUGCGGGGGCUGAGAGUUAUGUCGCGGACUCUUCUGGAGAGUGGAUUCUAGGUGCAAUAACUGGUAGUAAGAGUAUGCUGAACAUUUUAAACAGUCCUUUACUUAACCAAUUGGGUUCCGUAAACUGUACUGUUGAUUCUGGGAAGGAAAAUAUACAUGAUAGUGAAGAAGCAGUGUUUUCUGAUUUCAUGAGCUCUCCCGGUGGUUUUAGUGUCAGUUCAUCGGAGAAGCUACAGAAGGAGAUGACGGUUCCAGAAUAUCACAGAAGGGUUCUUUCUGUAUCUAGUACAACUUCGACAUGCUCAGACCAAUCUUUUCUUUCGGCAGCUGCCCCUAUUUCUCAAGGAAUGCUCCAGAGGAGAUGGAAAAAUGGUUUACCACAUUAUGUCUUUUCCAUAGAUGGUACAAAGGAUGUUUAUACAGCUGAUUUGCUGAAGAUCGACUCACCUGAUGAUAAGUUUCUGGAUUAUGUUUACACGUUUCAUUCACGACAAGGAGGUAAAAAGGAACGUGCCUUCUCUGCAAGGGAAUCACAUCUUGUAGGUAAAAUGACGGUGUCAACUUCAGUUACUCUCAGCUCAGCCAAGUCGGAGAUUAUGGAGACUAGAUUUGUUGUGUUUGGUUCCAUGGAUGAAUAUAUGGAUGAGAUACAAACAAGUCAUGUCCUCAGGAAAAACAAAAGAUUGGCAAAGAAAGUAACAGAUGUGUUCAGAACUAGUCAGUCUUAUAAGCAGAGAAGCUUAUCCAAGUUCGGGGGAACAAGUGCCAUUCUUGAAGAUUCUUGUUGGAUGCCAUCCGUAAAUAUGUAUGAUGAUUAUUAUUCAUGCGGCAAUGCUCUUUUAGAUCAACAAAUUCCUCCAAAUUUCGAGUUGGCUGCCAUUGUUAUGAGAGAUUGUAUUUAUGACAGCUCUAAGGAGGCAGAGACGGGUGGCUGGGGUUUGAAGUUUCUGAAGAAACCCCCGACUGGAAGUAAAAAUGCAACUCCUGCGGCGCCAGUGGAAAGUUGUACACGUGAUACCACUGAGUGCUCGACAAGUAUGGACGUUAUCAUUCCUUCUGGUUUUCAUGGUGGACCCAGAAGCAGAAAUGCUGGUCCGUCAAGCCUGUUGGAGCGAUGGAGCUCCGGUGGGCACUGUGAUUGUGGAGGCUGGGACGUCGGAUGCCCCCUCACAGUGCUAAAAACUGGAGCUGAAGCUUCAUCACAAACUACAUCUGGAGAAUGUCAAACUUUUGAUCUCUAUAUACAGGGUUCAAAACAAAGUGCACCAGUCAUGAAAAUGGCGAACAUCCACGAUGGUUUGUAUUACAUCCAUUUUCAUUCCACGCUAUCAGCAUUGCAGUCCUUUGCCAUAGCUGCUGCUUUCAUUCAUAGACAUAGUCCUUUCCUACGACCGAAACUGUACAGGAAGUGAAGUAAGUGAACCAAAGGAUGAUAUCUAUUGUUAUAGUUUUCUACCUUAAAAGAAUUGACUGCUAGAAAUGGUUCAAAGAUAUAACAUCUGAUUUUCUUUCAUGUUAUAUUUAUUUAUCGUAGCUGGCAGAUUAUUAGAUAGGAAAUUCGUUAGCUCGCGUUAUCAUUUUGUUACUGUAAUGAAUGAUACACUUUAGAAGCAGUGGUUAGUGUAUAAAUUGUCAAUGGGAUGGGGGAAUCCUUUUGUACUGUAACAGUUGAUUAAGUGAUUGAAACAUAUUCAGUUUUGAUUAGUUUGUUCCUUUAGUCUUUGAUGCAAUUUUCAGGCAUCAAUUGAAACUUCAGUUAUGUUUCAUUUUCAA